CACAGACUUGUGAAUCUUGUGCAACCCAUAUUCACUUUAAAGGAUUUAGCUGUAUGAUUCUGUUUAUGUUCGGUCAUUUGUAUUAUCAGGGAACAGAUAGCAGCAAUUGGUUCAAAGGUCCUUCAUGUGCUUGUUUUAUUGGACCUGAGACCAUGCCUUCCUUCUAAGCCUUCUUGUAGCUUUUGCAAACCUGUGCAAGGGCCAGUCUCGCAGAACUUUUUCCUCCUCUUCCAUCACCCGACGGACACACUGGACAAAGGUUAUCCAGCCUUAGCAGAUCCCGUGCAAUAUGGAAUUCUUGUUUGAGUUCCUGUUUACCCCGCUGUCCGCUUCAGGACUGGUGUUUCUGUUCAGCCUCGCAGCUGUAGCUCUGGUCCAUCUCAACAGCAGGCCAAAACCACUGCAGCCCCCCACAGACCUCAACCGACAGACCGUGGGCAUAGCAGGAGGUGCUAGAAAAACAGCGCUCUUGAAAGAUGACAACUUGAUCUCGUACUUAUAUGACGACGCCAAAACUCUAUAUGAGGCUUUUCAAAGAGGACUACGUGUUUCAGGAAAUGGACCGUGCUUGGGGUACAGAAAGAAAGGGCAACCUUACCAAUGGCUUAAAUACAAACAGGUUUUAGACAGAGCUGAAUUCUUGGGGUCCGGACUUAUCCAUCGUGGCCAGAAGCCAUCGCAAGAAUCAUUUAUUGGCAUCUUCGCCCAAAACCGGCCAGAGUGGAUUAUUGGAGAACUGGCCUGCUAUACCUAUUCCAUGGUGGCAGUGCCUCUUUACGACACCUUGGGACCCGAGGCUCUUGUGUUCAUCAUUAAUAGAGCAAAAAUAUCCACAGUGAUAUGUGAUAAGCAGGAUAAGGCAGAAAAGCUGCUGGAUAACUGUGAGAAAAACCUCACACCUGUCUUGAAAACCAUCAUUCUCAUGGACCCCUAUGAUUCUGCAUUGAUUGAUAGAGGCUCUAAGAGUGGUGUGGAUGUCCUGUCCAUGAAAGAUGUAGAGGCCUUGGGAAAGAACAACUAUCAAAAGCCUGUUCCACCAAAACCAGAAGACCUAAGUAUUAUUUGCUUUACCAGUGGAACCACUGGGGAUCCGAAGGGAGCCAUGCUGACCCAUGAAAAUGUGGUUGCAGAUGCAGCCGGUGUGGUUAAGACUUUUGAGAGCGUCUUUGAGCCCAUUUCAUCUGAUGUGUCCAUCUCGUUUUUGCCCCUGGCGCACAUGUUUGAAAGAGUUGUACAAACAGUGCUGUACAGUGUAGGGGGAAGAGUCGGGUUUUUUCAAGGUGAUAUCAGACUUCUACCAGAUGAUAUGAAAGCACUGAGGCCAACCGUAUUCCCAGUGGUUCCACGUCUCCUGAAUCGCAUUUAUGAUAAGGUCCAGAGUGAGGCCCGGGCUCCAUUGAAGAAAUGGCUUCUGAACUUUGCCAUUGAGAAGAAAUGUGCAGAGGUCAAGCAAGGAAUUAUCAGGAAUGACAGCAUUUGGGACAAACUCAUCUUUCACAAAGUCCAGGAGUCCCUGGGGGGCCGCGUGAGGGUGAUGGUGACGGGGGCCGCUCCCAUUUCCCAAACUGUGCUCACUUUUCUCCGGGCAAGCCUCGGGUGCCAGAUAUUCGAGGGAUACGGCCAGACAGAGUGCACCGCGGCCUGCACUUUCACCUUGUCUGGAGACUGGCACACUGGUCAUGUUGGAGUUCCUAUUCCAUGCAAUAUUGUCAAACUUGUUGAUGUGGAGGAAAUGAAUUACUUUGCAUCCAACGGGGAAGGAGAGGUUUGUGUCAAAGGGAAGAAUGUGUUUCGUGGAUAUCUCAGUGACCCGGAAAAGACAGCAGAGGCUUUAGACAAAGAUGGAUGGCUGCACACUGGAGAUAUUGGCAAAUGGCUGCCUAGAGGAGUGUUGAAGAUCAUCGACAGGAAGAAAAACAUCUUCAAACUGGCUCAAGGAGAAUACAUUGCACCAGAAAAGAUUGAAAACGUUUACAUUCAGAGCGCUCCAGUCGCCCAAGUGUUUGUGCAUGGAGACAGUUUACAGUCCACUUUGGUGGCCAUAGUCGUGCCAGACCCUGAAGUAUUGCCAGGAUUUGCAGAAAAACUGGGAGUGAAAGGUUCACUAGAGCAGCUAUGUAGAAAUCAGGAAAUAAAGAAAGCAAUCAUCUCUGACCUAAACAAGCUGGGGCGUGAAGCAGGGCUGAAGUCCUUUGAACAAGUAAAAGACCUGUACCUGCAUCCCGACUUGUUCACGAUAGAAAACGGUCUCCUCACUCCAACACUGAAAGCCAAACGGGCAGAUCUCAUUAAAUUCUUUAAAGUUCAGAUUGAGAGUCUUUAUGCGAACAUGUAGUGCUUUAACAAAAGCUGAGGAUAUCCUGCGGUGUGAACAUGUAUUUAUGAGUGCUGUUUGUGUUGUGAUGUUUAUCUAUAUUUGCUCAAAGACUAAAUAUUUUAUAAGCACUGUAUCAAUUUUAACUGCAUGUAUUAAUCUGUGCCCAAGAGACUCUUUAUUGUCAGUCAAGAAGACAUAUAUGAUUUAUCUGGAUAGGUUAGUCAGUAUAAAACAAAUGUAUGAACAUCUUUACAAAUGUAAUGAAUACCAAAGAAUGUUAAUUUAUUUUUUUUCCCCAAGGAAGAAAAUGUGAAAACAUUAACAUAUGUCAAUUUCACUACAUCAAUUAAAUAAACAAUUGUAUUUACAUA